GCAGCACCUGUCCGCCGUCGUGUGUAGUUCGAUUAGAUCGCCAGGGCUCUGCCUCUGCCACAAAGCAAAGGUGUGAUAAAAGGAGUUGCUUGCUGCUUCGGGUGGAGUGUGUUGUGUGGGGGGAAAGAAGAGGGUGGCAAGGUGUUCAAUCUCUUCGGGUCAAGGAGACAUGGUUGGUGCCUGACGUGAAGUGUUGUUUUUGCAGUCGGAAGAAUUCGAUGGAAGAUUAUUGUGUUUUUGUGCAUGGAAUCCAUAUUCUUUGUGUUGUGUUGCAAAGAAUUAGGGAGAAGUGUGUGACUAACGUGCAGAUUGGAUAAAUUUUCUAAUAAUUGAUUGGAAUUCCGAAGGACAAACUGUCGAGAACGCGAAGCCUCAAGAGUACAUAUAGAACAAAGUGAAGCCAGCAUUGAAGUCUGCAUUUAUCUGCAGGGAUCGCGAUGGUGACAUGUAGUGCGACGCGUGGUAAUAACAGCCGCGAGGAUUACUCCGACUAGGUACUGGCUGAGCUGAGACUGACUGACCAUCGAUCGAUGCGAUUCGAUGGCACAACUGCAGCCACAGAGACCUAUCUACCGUCAGUCAGCGACUUAAGAUUACAUAAGUUUUUGUUGAUGUUUUUCUUCGGCUGCGGCGAGUGCGUUCGGGGUUCGGACUGAUUCUCGCGACUGUGGAUUGUGUAGUGCAACAAGCAAACAAGUGUUUUGUUCCGAGAGGGAGAGAAAGACACUUGAAGAACGGAUAAGAAUAAGCCUCAACGUCUCACCUGGCGGCUACAAGACGAAUGAAAAAUGGCUCGCAGCGGAGCUAGCAAAUGUUCUCAUCUGGAUAAUGUUGUUCAUCUUUCGUUGGUUGAGCUGUGCAAACUUAAGAAGGGUGAACCAUGUACCGAGUGCGAUGCCAAUGGACCAAACCUAUGGAUUUGCCUGCAGAAAAAUUGUCUCCACAUUGGAUGUUCGGAGCAGUACAACGACCACAGUACGACGCAUUUCCAAACGAAUCGCUCCCAUUGCAUCCACAUGAAUCUGUCCUCGCAGCGAAUAUGGUGCUAUAUUUGCGAGUUUGAGGUGUUCCUGGUGCAGCAGCAACAACAACAGCAACAGCAGCAGCAGCUGCGACGAACCUCGGUCGUGAGCAACGAUUCGAGCGAUGCCAGUCGGUACUCGAGUAACAAUACUAACGAGAAAUUACUGAUGUACGGGGACCGGUUCGCCGGUGGACUUGGAGGUGGCGAAUCCUGUGAUAGCAGCUGCGAAGAGGACGAAUUCGAAAGGCAUGGUAAAUGGAACGGACUGGUUGGGCUGCAGAACAUAGCAAACACUUGCUACAUGAACUCGGCCAUCCAGGCACUCAGCAAUAGUCCUCCUUUGACGGGCUACUUCCUGGACUGCGGGUCGAUUAUAGAAACGGAUUUGUUAGGGAAUCAAACCGUUUCGAAGCCCGGUUUGGCCAAGCAUUACCACAAGUUGAUCAAGGAGAUGUGGUGCAAGAACCGGAGGUACGUCGUCCCGAGUGGUAUUCUGUAUGGGAUUCGCAUUGUGCAUCCGAUGUUCCGAGGUUACCAGCAGCACGACACCCAGGAGUUUCUUCGCUGCUUCAUGGACCAACUGCAUGAAGAGUUGAAGGAAGUGACUCAACCACCACCGGAACUGCUGUCGCUGCAUGGUCGAAACGAGGAAGACGGUGAAGACCAUUCGCCUUGCCCGUCGCCAUCGCCUUCGCAGUCUGAGGCGGAGUACGAAACUUGUGACAGCGGCGUUUCCGAACAGUCGAGCCUUUCGGACGAUAUUUCGUGCAAUAAACGAACCAGGAUGGUUUCGAGAUCUCCUAGUCCCAGCGCAAACCAAAGAAGUGCAACCUCCGGCAGUCGGCAACAGUCGCCGAUAGGAAGCAAUCGGAGCAAUUCCAGCAGCAGUGGAAGCAUGUCAUCGAUGCAGCAACAACAACAGCAAGCGGGCUCGAGUGAUCAGCAGCAGCAGAAACCCGCAAAGGACAAACUUCCGGAACGGUCCAUCAUCAGUGACAUAUUCGAUGGGAAGCUUCUGUCGUCUGUGCAGUGCUUAACCUGUGAUCGCAUUUCUACCCGCGAAGAAACAUUCCAGGAUCUAUCGUUACCCAUUCCAGGCAAGGAUCACCUGGAAGUGUUGCAUCAGAACCACCCGGGAAUGGCUGCAAAUGCGACUCAUCCGCCGUCUCCGGUGACCGGAAGUAGUAGUGGCAUCACUUGCUCCGAUGCGGUCUAUCCGGUAACCGGCGACAGCUGGAUGUGGUGGUUCUGGAACUGGCCUUUCUGGAGUUGGAUCCGAUCAUGGUUUUGGGGACCGGCCGUUUCGCUUCAUGACUGCAUGGCCGCUUUCUUUAGUGCGGACGAGCUGAAGGGUGACAACAUGUACAGCUGCGAAAAGUGCAAUAAACUGCGAAACGGAGUCAAGUUUUCCCGCGUCCUUGCCUUGCCCGAGAUGUUGUGUGUUCAUUUGAAGCGGUUUCGGCACGAUCUGUCCUACAGUUCGAAAAUAUCCAGUCCCGUUAAUUUUCCCCUGAACGGGCUGGAUAUGAGGCCAUACUUGCACAAGGACUGCAAAUCGGAAGUGACUUCGUACGAUUUGUGUGCGGUCAUCUGCCAUCAUGGCACGGUCGGUGGCGGACAUUAUACAAGCUUUGCGAAACACGAUCCCACCGGAAAGUGGUUCGAGUUCGAUGACCAAUUGGUGACGCAGGUUAGCCCGGAGGAUGUUCAGAACUGUGAGGCUUACGUGUUGUUCUAUCGGAAGAACAACAGCAAAAUGACAACGAUCCGGGCACAGGCCAGUGAUCUGAUCAGCGUUCAGGAACACGCCUCGGAUAUUAGGUUCUACAUUUCGCGGAACUGGUUGCACAGGUUCAACACAUUCGCCGAACCGGGACCAAUUGACAACUGGACAUUGCUCUGUCCGCACGGGGCCUUUCCCCCGCACAAGGCUCCCUAUUUUUCGAAACUGGUGGUACCCAUACCGCAGAUCCUGUGGGACUUCCUGUACAAAAAGUUCGGCGGAGGCCCGGUAUGUAAUCACAUCUUUCCGUGUCACAUUUGCAAGAAGGCAGCCGAGUCGCUAUCCAGGAGGCAGCGAGCCGAGCUGGAAGAGUUCACCGCGUGCAAUGACGAGUACCAGUACAACGAAACACCAACCACCAUUUACGCGAUCUCGAUGGCGUGGUUCCGUCAGUGGCAGCUAUUUGCUCGAGGGGUCACCACCGAUGAGCCUGGUCCGAUUGACAACAAAACCAUAGCCGUACCGGGAGAUACCAACGUUCCCCUUCGGAGCGUUCGGCAGGGAUCGGACUACGCACAGAUUAACUCUGCCUUGUGGCACUUUUUCCACGGUAUCUACGGUGGAGGACCGGAAAUCGUACUGCGUGGUAAUCCUGUUCCGCCACCGGAGCCGAAGGUCCCGAAGGCUGCCAAGGAACGAGAAAUCGAACCAAUGGACGUAGGUGAACCCAUCCCACCGGUGAAAUCCACUGCUCCGGUAAGCGCAAAUCAGCAACACCAGCAGCAGCAAAAGGAGCAUCCCGUCGAGGUAGCACCAGUAGAUCCAUCCCCAAGCACCCAAUGUGCAGCAAAACCCCAAAAAAGUGUCUCCUUUGAGGACAACGAUGGUUACCACGAAAAUGACGACGACCACAAUGAAUCGUCCCGUUCGGUUCAAUUGAAGCGGAAGCAACUAAAACAGCAGUCGAAGGAAUCGAAGAAAUCUGAAUCGGCGGACAGUUCCGAUGGUUUGGUGACCUACCUGCGGCGGAAGCAACUCAAGCACCAGCAGCAUGUGGCCGCUAGCCAACAAGGAGCCGGUGGUGACGGCAAUCCGGAAUCGCUGGAGAUUGUCAACAAGAAGGAUCGGAGACACCGGUCCGGAAUGAAAUCGAACGGGCUUUUCGGACCGGAAGGAAAAUAUCAAACUAGUGCCGAUUCGACCAACGGUGUCAUCCCCCGGACGGAAUCGUUUUCCCAGCCACCAUCGUCAAAUGGAACCAAAGUCAAUUAUAUUAGUUCUAACAUGAGCAACUCUGCCUCCGCCAUGGCGUUCUCCAACUCCGUGGAUGACUCUCACAGUGCCAACGUUGGCGACACUUUCGCCGCCGGAAUUCACCCUUCCGCAAAAUCGGUAGAUGAAAUAAUGCCUUUGCUCAAUCAAACGAGCAUAACUAGCAGCACCUCGCUGGACGACGACGCCCAAGGUGGUGGUGCCGCCGACGAAAGCGAUAACAACGAUGGGACAGUGACCGGGAAAGGGCGUUCCCAUCACUCGGGACGCAGGUCUCACGGACACCGGACGGCCAGCCAGCAGUCCGAAUCGGAGAACGAGCGCGGAGUGAUGUCGUCGUUCAGCAGAAAGAAGCUAAAAUCCAAAUAUAUGAAGAGCAGCAGUAAGGCGGCGAAAGCCGGAAUCGUCCUGGACGGUGCCAGUGGACAAAUUUCCAGCACUGCCAACGCGGCCAGUGACAGCGAGAAAUGAGUAAAGCAAUCGCUUCGUCGCUUCCGUUUUCUGCCAUUCUCUUGAUAGUCUGCUCUGUCGUAACAAAAAUGCGGGGGACAGGUUUGUUCAAGAAAUCUGUAAAUAUUACCGUACCUAAACAUUUAUUACCUAGCAUUUUCAGUUUUGUUAGAUUUUUUUUUAUUAUUGCGCAAGGGUUAACCUCUAUUUCAUUUUCUUGGAGGGAUGUUGUUCUUUUAAGAUAAAAGGUAUUUCUCGUAAUUAGGUGGCAAAUGGAUGUUGUUUCGUUUCGGUAUGAUUCCAUUUCAGUAAUGGGGUUUUCAUUUAUUAUCUGACUGAUUUAGGCCGAAGAGUCUGCGAAUUUGAACUGCAAAAAUGUUCAAGGGUAUUUUGGAGAGUCUUUACGUCUGUUUUUUUCGAUCAUAUUUGGCCGAUAUUUGAUAAGAUCAAUCAAACAAAGAAGCGUUACCAAGAAAAGAAUACUCGGCAUUAUCGUCAUUUGUCAUAUUGGUUUGGUAUAACAGCAAUUCUUCUUUUGAACUUGGCUUUGUUAAAUUUUGAACAACACGGCAUUAUGCCAAAUGACUCUUAAACCAAAUGGCAAAUGAUGUGAAACCAAAUAACAACUGUAUUAUAUGGGAUAACCACAAAACAGUUGACUGCAGUUUAUUAAAUUUACCUAGUUUAAGGACAUGUGACAUAAAGAAAGUUUGGCGUGAAACACGUACACGUACACUUUAAUGUUCACAUCUUUCUAGCUUCUUUUGGUUUAUACCAAGUGUCUUUUAUGUCAAACGUCUUUACGCGAAACGUAUCAGACCCGUUGAAAAUGCUACUCAAUGCAUAUGAUUUUUCAGCAUUUUUUUCAUGUAUGAGAAAAAAAUCAUAUUUGUACAUGUUUCAAGAUAGACAUUGUUUGUUACAACAGGCGAAAAACACCUGCAAAUUAUUGUGUAGUCUAUCGAAAGUUAACAUCCAGUUGAAAAUAUAUGAUGAUACCUACAAAUUCAUGGACAUUUUUUCUUUUGUAAAUUCGCAAAUUAUGCAGCAAUGAUAUCGGUCAGAUAAUAAUAAAAAAAUCCCUGAUUUGACUGUUAGCUGUUAUGUUUUCUGUUAGAAGAGACGGUGAGGCAAUUUAUUCGGUAUAUUUAAAAGAAAAUUCUUAUACAAUACAAAUACAAAACAUUCAACCAGUUGUCUACUAUCCAAAGCAGUAGUAGCAACACAUCAUCGAUAGUAUAAUUCGACAAACAAACAAUUUAAUCAAUCAACAUAUUCUUUUUCCAAAUCAUCGAACGGAAUGGGUUAAAAGGUUUUACGGUUUUGCUCACUUCACCAAUAAUGACGACAAGUCAACCACAUUAGUAGGACAGUUUACAAGUGUUACAACACAAAAAUAGUGCAUCAAAAGUGGCACUUCCAGAUUAGUUGCACGAUGUUUCUUUACUCCUGCAGGUAGAUAAUCCAGAUUGUUUUGACUUGAAAUAAAAAAAAAUAGAAGAACGUAAACUUGUCAGUCUUGAAAUAAAUUCUUUAAACGAAA